CCCAGAUCCCAGGUCGCCGGCCUCCUGCAAAUCAGUCUUCCAGAGUGAUUUCUUAUUUCCUUUUCUUCAUCCUCAAGUUGCAAAUUUUCUUCUCUUUUAUUUCUUUAUCUCUUCUAGUUCGCCAAAUCUAGUUUCGUAGAUCUGUUUCACAAGAGGGGAGGAAUUCAGGGAAUUCCAAUCAUCCUUGGGGACUGCAACCGCCUUCGCAAUGUCUGCGGCGGCCAUAGCUGGGUAUUACGCCGUCAUAGUUGGGUAUUAAGCCGCCAUAGCUAGUUAUUAUGCCGCCUUUGCAACGACUGCAUCUGUGUUGGUUUAAUUUGCUGCCGGAAGGUACACUUCCAUUCUCUGCGAUGUCACCAAGUCUAACAGAACUCUGGAACAAGAGCAACCCCCAUGAUGUCGGCAAUCCCUGAAUUCCUUCAAUGGCUUCACCGGCUAUGACGGCUCAGUACGCUAAGCAGAAGAAGGAAAGAAAAGAAAAGAGAAAGAGAAAGAGAAAGAAAAAGAAAAUAAAAAGGAAAAAAGAAAAGAAAUGCCACACGAGCCGCCACGUGGAGUGCCACACGUGUACCUAACCGGGGAAAACGGUUGGUGACCUUCUAAAAGUGCUCAAUUGAGUGUUUUUUUAGUAGUACGAGGGUUCAAUUGAGUGUUUUUGAAGUACGGGAACCCAAUCGGCGUUUUCAUUAUAGUACGGGGGCUAAAUUGACAGUUUGUCCCUUAAAUUAAAUUAUGGAGAAUUAUUUUGCAGUUUUACUCCGUAAAGUUUUUCAGUUUUGUUUCUUUCUUUUCAUUAGCUUUUCAGCUAUGAGAGCCCUCGAGAUUACUUACACCCGAGGUUUUCAAUUCAAUUUAAUCGAAUUUCGUGAAAUAUGAUGUUUUAUUCUUAAACUCUCUGCUGUCCUCUCCGUUCUCGUUUAAGAAGUUUUGACAGUUUUUUUUGGGGCUGACGCGCUUUCAUCCACUUCUGGAAACUUUCAUGUUAUUUUAAUUUAGUUCAAUUUUCGGAUUUUGAUUUUGUGGAUAGAAAUGGGGGACAAUUUAUUGAGCUCAGCUCACCAGUUUGAAGACUUGCCGGAGCAUUUGGUUCUUCAAAUCCUGACGUUGGGUCGAUUGAAUGCGAUCGAUUUAGUGUCUUUGGAAAUGAGUUCGAGGGCUCUCAGGCCAAGUCAUGGGAUGUUCCCUAAAAACAUGAUGUCGGUUUUAGAGUGUGCUGCUUUUCAGCUGUGUGGCUCGAACCUCAUUUAUACCUCUCUUCCGGUCAAUGCUAGGGAAGAUCUUCUGGAUCGGUGUAGUGGAAAUUGGAAACGCUUACUGGGCUUCUUGCAGUCUGUGGAGCAAUCAUCUGGCAUGGUUGAAACCCCUGCAGGCAAUGUACUAUUUCAUGCAAGCUACAUCUUUUAAUUCAUCAAGCAUGCUUUGGGAUUAUAGAUUGUUUAUAGAAUAUAUGCCCACAGUAUCUCGGAAUGACCAACAGUGGGCGAAGAACAAUAGUCAUGUAGCAAAUAUGACCAAAGUAAAACAACGAUCAAAUCUGGGAUCGGUACAAUAUUUGUAUAACCAGAAGUGAAUUUUUUUCUUAUUUAUGUUGAGGUUUAACUAUUUUUUGCUUGUAAUUCUUAUUUUCGGAAAUGAUGAUUAUAGACUAACAUAUUUAAGGUUUUAGACCAUUCAUAAAAGUUGACAUUUUAAGAAUUGACCUUGAGUUUAAUACUCCCUCCAUAAUUAUUUACUUGAAACUGUAGGGUUUUGUGGAUUUUAAAAGUGAAAUAUUAGGAAUUUAUUUACUUGCAAGUUGCAACUACAGGACUUUUAUAAAGUUUAAGAGUGAAAUAGUAGAUUUAGUUAAUAGUUUAGGAAAAGUGCUAAAUGUUGGAAAGGAGAGAUGAGCAUGUAUGACUAAGUAGAAGAAGUAGUAGUAGUUAUGUAUUUGUAGAUGAAAAAUUUACCAAAAUAAGAAAGUGUUGCAGGUAAUAAAACAUUAUUUGAAAAAGGAAUACGUUGUAAGUAAAUAAUUAGGAGUGAGUAUGAUAUUUGAAUCAAUCAAUCUCAAAUGACCGGACUAAUCGAGUAAUCGUUAAGACUCCUAAAGUGCAUACUAGUUUUAAGAAUGAUCUACCACAAUGAGCCACCAUAUUGUGUACCAAGUCAUCCAUACUAUUCAAAUAUACAAAUAGAAACUCACAUAUAAAGUGUUGAACUACCUUUUAAGAGGAACUCCAAACUCUGAGUCUUUAUAAUUACUACAUGUCAUCGACAGAUGCAAAUUAAAAGUGGAAGAUAUCAUACUUUGAUGGUUAGUGACAGGGCAGUAUACUCUUGUGGCUCUAGUUUGUGUGGUGUUCUUGGUCAUGGGCCUCAAAAAACACAGUGUGUAGAAUUUACACGCAUCAGCUUCGCUUUUCCUGUACAAGUCAUCCAGGUUUCAGCUUCCCACAAUCAUGCUGCUUUUGUGACCCAGUCUGGGGAGGUUAGUACUGUAUUAGCUCUUAAUACUUGGUGUGUUCAUGCUCAUAAUCAUCAAAGGCCUACAUCAUGAACUUAUUUAGAACUUCAUUGAGUGUUUUGUGUAAGGAUAGAGAGCCAUUUUCUCUCUUUCUUUAUUUGACAUGGUAGCGGUCAUAUUAUUCUCUUUUUAUUUGUUUCAUAAACGGUAAGAUAUGUGACUUUGUGUAUACUUCUGAAUGUCUGAUCAUAGUAGCUGACUAGCUGGACAAACAUUUUGUACUUCCAUGAUAGGGAUCAUGGUGCUAAAAGUUUUUUAUAAGUUUGUUUACGAGGUUUGUGUCUUAUACGGAGUAUAAGUUUGAGGUAAACCUCAGCUUUCGAUGAUCGUUUUUGGUGUGAGAUAGCUCCAAUUUAAUAUGAUAUGAUCCAAUUGUGCUUUGUCUGUGUGCUGGACACCCAAGUAGCCUAACUCAGUUUGAGGUCAGUUUGGCACAUUUUACCCAUCCUCUCAAGUGGUCUAGCUUGUUUUUGGCCUAGUGGUUGCGUUAAGAAUCUUACAUUGAACACUUUAUCUUAAUUGUGUUUAGUACAUAAGUUUGAGAUAAACCUCAUGUCUUCAGGAUCUUUUAGCACGAGUUAGGUCCAACCAGACAUGCCAUUAUUUGGAUAUAAAUCUUAGCCAAUUCUAUAUAGGUAUUCACUUGUGGAGAUAACUCGUCCUAUUGUUGCGGGCACAGAAGUCGCACUAUUUUCAGGCCCCAGCUUGUAGAGUCACUGAAGCACAUCCCCUGCAAACAGGUUGCGGCUGGUCUUACUUUCACCAUGUUUCUUACCAGAGACGGACGCGUCUACACAUGUGGAUCCAACGUUCAUGGUCAGCUUGGUCAUGGUGACACAAUGGAUAGGCCAACACCUACAUGUGUAGAACUGCUUGCAUUCCUUUGUACUGUCGUUCAAAUUGCUGCUGGACCAAGCUACGCCCUUUCUGUGGCUUUGGAUGGGUCACUUUACACUUUUGGAUCGGGCUCCAAUUUCUGCCUUGGCCAUGGGGAGCAGCUCAAUGAAUUUCACCCAAGGGAAAUCCAAUCAUUCAAGAGGAAGGGCAUUCAUCUUCUUCGUGUGUCUGCUGGUGAUGAACAUGUUGUAGCACUCGAUUCGAAUGGAUAUGUGAGUAAUCAUCAUAGAAGGAUUGAAUUUCUGUUUCCCCAUGUGCUUGCUGGACCACUUGUGGCCUUUAUCUGUUCUUAUCGGUUUAGUAUCUGCUAUGUGAGCCAUUGGUCUAAACAAUAUUAACUCUAUGUUUGAAGGGGAAAGCACGUUAAGGCUGUUUGUUUUCUGGGUUUUAUGAGCUAUUGAGAGUCACCUUAGUGUUGCUCCACUGUCUUGGCAAGGCAUAUCCAUAAAAAAACUGCACUUACUACCGAAAGCGUGAGAGAUUACCCAAGGGAAGCUACAUGUAUUUUAGAGAUUUCAAGAUGGGAGAAUUCUAUGUAGAAUCUAGAAGUAUAUAAUUCAAGAGAUCUCUAGAUUCCUAUGAUGUCACGAGGAUUUAGAGAGCUCAUCCUAAACCUAUAAACAGGGCCCUUCUUGGGAACAUUUGUAAAUCAACGAAAAUUGCUAGACCUAAUACGAUCUAAAGUUUUUUUUUUGAGAUAAGUGCUUCAUUCUAAA